UGUUCACUUACCUAGGACUGUCGCCGGAAGAACUUUGAUUUGUUCAUGGUGGUUAUUUGCUAUUGUCAUUGUUGGGACAUACUGUGGAAAUCUCAUCGCUUUCCUGACUGUAACAAAGGAUAAACCUCCGUUUGAAACAUUGAAUGAAAUGGCAGAUUUAAAAGGAACAUACCGGUGGGGCUUGCAAGGAGGAACGAAUCGAGAACACGUUUUUGAAACUUCCAAACGCCCGGAGUUCAGAAGAGUUGGUGACGCAAUAAAGGAAUUUAGUAGUACAGACCCAACUGUACUGGCCACCGACUUUGACGUACAAAUGGCAAAUGUUAAAAAGGGAAGUUACGGUUGGAUAGGAGACGCGGUAGUUAUGGAGAUUGAGAUGGCGAAGGAUUGCGAUCUGAUGAUGAUUAAAGAUAAAUUUCUACCCUUAAGAUAUGCGUUUGGAUUUACUAAUAAUUCACCGCAUGUGCAACUUUUUACAAAACAGAUGCUGGCUAUCCACGAGUCCGGACUACUGCAAGUGUGGAAGAGAAAAUGGUGGCCAAAGUCCAAGGCAAUCUGUGCUGGUUCUAUAGUAGCUGAAGCAAAGCCUAUAUCUAUUAUUGAUGUUCAAAGUGCUUUCUAUGUGGCUGCUGGCGGCGCAUUACUUAGUUUUUGUGUGUUUUUAGUAGAACUUGUUAUCGGGAAAUGUCGCCGUCUGACUUGUCUAAGUAGUGAAACAAAACAAUCUGAGUAAAGGUAUUACAAGAUACUAGAGAAUGGUUGCAGUUAUGAAAUGUGCAUUGCUUUAAAGUAUUCAUAUACGAAGAAAAAAACAACUUUUUUCUGAGGCUAUAUACUCGCAUGACAGUUUAUUUCAUUGUAACGUUUAUAAGCAAGACUACUAAGUUGCUAUUUAUUGUUUUGUUUUACUUAUAUACUUGGAUAUAUGCUGCAGCUGGAAUUUAUGAAUGCAUACAAUUCCAUUCUUGUUUUGUAUCCCAUU